AAGUCUUUUACAUUUCUUACUUCUUUCACAUAGUCUUCCUCUCAUCUCUCACCAUUGUUGCACUCAUUUUCUUCAGUGAAUCUUGUUACAGUUUUUGAUCAAAGAUGGCGGAAAGUGAAGAUAUUCAGCCACUCGUGUGCGAUAAUGGAACUGGAAUGGUUAAGGCUGGAUUCGCAGGAGACGAUGCGCCAAGGGCUGUGUUCCCUAGUAUUGUAGGUCGUCCCCGUCACACUGGUGUGAUGGUUGGAAUGGGCCAAAAAGAUGCAUAUGUCGGAGACGAAGCUCAAUCAAAGAGAGGUAUUUUGACUCUAAAGUACCCGAUUGAACACGGUAUUGUCAGCAACUGGGAUGACAUGGAGAAGAUCUGGCAUCACACUUUCUACAACGAGCUUCGUGUUGCUCCAGAAGAACACCCUGUUCUUCUAACCGAAGCACCGCUGAACCCUAAAGCCAAUCGUGAGAAGAUGACUCAAAUCAUGUUCGAGACGUUCAAUACCCCUGCCAUGUAUGUUGCCAUCCAAGCUGUUCUUUCUCUCUACGCAAGUGGUCGUACAACUGGUAUCGUUCUUGAUUCAGGGGACGGUGUGAGUCACACAGUCCCUAUUUACGAGGGGUACGCCCUGCCACAUGCCAUCCUCCGAUUGGAUCUUGCUGGACGCGAUCUAACCGAUGCAUUGAUGAAGAUUCUUACAGAACGUGGUUAUAUGUUCACUACAACAGCAGAACGGGAAAUUGUGAGAGACAUGAAGGAAAAACUGGCUUACAUAGCCCUUGAUUACGAACAAGAGCUUGAAAUCGCAAACUCGGGGUCUACUGUGGAGAAGAACUACGAGCUACCCGAUGGGCAGGUCAUCACUAUCGGUGCUGAGCGGUUCAGGUGCCCAGAGGUUCUGUUCCAGCCAUCUAUGAUCGGAAUGGAAGCUGCGGGUAUUCAUGAGACUACUUAUAACUCGAUUAUGAAGUGUGAUGUGGAUAUUAGGAAAGAUUUGUAUGGUAAUAUUGUACUCAGUGGUGGGUCCACCAUGUUUCCGGGUAUUGCUGAUAGGAUGAGUAAGGAAAUUACCGCGUUAGCUCCAUCAAGCAUGAAGAUUAAGGUUGUCGCUCCCCCUGAGCGGAAGUACAGUGUCUGGAUUGGAGGGUCUAUCCUCGCUUCUCUUAGCACCUUCCAGCAGAUGUGGAUUGCCAAGGCUGAGUAUGACGAGUCUGGCCCGUCAAUCGUGCACAGAAAAUGUUUCUGAUCUGUGCAUUUCAGAUGUUUUGAAGACGAUCAGUUUGCAACGUUUACUUUUAACGUUCUUUUUCCGUGUUUGUUCUUAUUAUAUAUUAUGCUGUUUUCUAAGAGUUCGGUAAUGACAUUGAGUAUGCUACAAAGAUGAUUAUUGUACGUUCCACAAUUCUUUUAUUUUAAUCGCAUUUUGAAACUUUAUUAGUUGUUUUCCCUCCAUAUGUUUCUUGUUACCUUUGGAGGUAAAACACAUGAUUGUGGCAUUGCUUUAAGAUACAUGAUGAAAAGGUGAACUCCAACUUUUGUGGA